AUGGACUCUUUCUUUGUAGAGGGAGCUCAAGUCUGGCUGAGGCAUAAAGAGCAGCUUCUCCCGUCCACCGUCAGCUCCUGCGAUGAGUUGUCGAUGGUUCUCACCACAGAAUAUGGGAAGGUGAUUUGUUUACAAAGGGAGGAUCUGAACAGAGAGACGGCGUGCCCAAUGCACCCCAGCAGCAUCCAUGGAGUGGAAGACAUGUCCACACUUUCAGAGCUGCAUGAAGCUGCCAUCAUGCACAACCUCUUUCUGCGCUACCAGAAAGACAACAUUUAUACCAACAUAGGUUCGAUUCUUGCUGCAGUAAACCCGUAUAAGCAGAUAGCAGGCCUGUACGAUGCUACGGCAGUGGACUUGUACAGCAAACACCAGAUGGGGGAGCUGCCUCCUCACAUCUUCGCUGUGGCCAACGAAUGUUACUGCUGCCUGUGGAAGAGACACGACAGUCAGUGCGUCCUCAUCAGUGGGGAGAGUGGUGCUGGGAAGACCGAGAGCACCAAGCUGCUGCUGAAGUUCCUCUCAGUGAUGAGUCAGAACUCGUCCGGUUCACCUCUGUCCGAGAGGACCACCAGGGUGGAGCAGGCUCUCGUCCAGAGCAGUCCCAUCAUGGAAGCAUUUGGGAACGCAAAGACUGUUUACAACAAUAACUCCAGCCGCUUCGGGAAGUUCAUUCAGCUGCACUUUUCACAGAACGGAAACAUUCAGGGAGGCUGCAUCAUCGAUUAUUUGCUGGAAAAGAACCGUGUGGUUCGUCAGAAUCCCGGCGAGAGAAAUUACCACAUCUUUUAUGCGCUGUUAGCAGGGGCCGACAGAGACCACAGAGACUUGUACCUCUUGUCUGAAGGUCCUGAGUCGUAUCACUACCUGAGCCAAGCAGGCUGCGUACAGGAUGGUAGUCUGGAUGACAAGCAGCUCUUCAACAGUGUGAUGGAAGCUCUUAAAGUGAUGGCAUUCACGGAGGAGGAGAUCAGAGAUGUGUUCAGGCUCCUGUCUGCCGUCCUUCAAAUGGGCAACAUUGAGUUCAUGACGGCCGGUGGAGCUCAGAUCACAUCAAAUGGAGUGGUCAGUAACGUCAGCGAGCUGCUAGGCUUGGACUCCUUCCAGCUGUCAGAGGUGUUGACCCAGCGCUCCAUGAUCCUCAGGGGGGAGGAGAUUUGCUCCCCCCUCACCGUGGAGCAGGCAUUAGAUUCGCGGGACUCCAUUGCCAUGGCGCUUUACUCGCAGUGUUUUUCCUGGAUCAUAAUGAGGAUCAAUCAGAAGAUCAAAGGGAAGGACAACUUCAAGUCCAUCGGCAUCCUGGACAUCUUCGGCUUUGAGAACUUUGAGGUGAACCGGUUCGAGCAGUUCAACAUCAACUACGCCAACGAGAAGCUCCAGGAGUAUUUCAACAAGCACAUCUUCUCGUUGGAGCAGCUGGAGUACAACAGGGAGGGGAUCCAGUGGGAAGCCAUAGACUGGAUGGAUAACGCAGAGUGUCUGGAUCUCAUAGAGAAGAAACUGGGCAUGUUGGCUCUUAUCAACGAGGAAAGUCGCUUCCCCAAAGGCACAGACUACACCCUUCUGGAGAAGCUCCACAGCCGACACGCAGCAAACCAGUACUAUGUGAAGCCCAGAGUGACCGACAACCAGUUUGGCAUUAAGCACUAUGCUGGAGAGGUGUUGUAUGAUGCGCGAGGAAUCUUGGAGAAGAACAGAGACACCUUCAGAGAUGACAUUUUGUUUAUUCUCAAAGACAGCAGGCUGGAUUUCAUCUACGACCUCUUUGAACGUGUCGGCAGCAGAGGUGGAGACGAGACUCUAAAGAUGGGCACAGCUCGCCGUAAGCCCACCGUCAGCUCUCAGUUCAGGGACUCUCUUCAUUCCCUGAUGGCCACGUUAAGCGCCUCCAACCCUUUCUUUGUGCGCUGCAUCAAACCAAACAUGGACAAGAAGGCCAAUCAGUUUAACCCAGAUGUUGUCCUGAACCAGUUGAGAUAUUCUGGGAUGCUGGAAACUGUGAAGAUACGCAAGGCAGGAUUCCCAGUCCGCAGGCCCUUUAAGGACUUCUACAGCAGGUACAAGAUGAUCCUAAAAAACAAAAUCCACUCGGACGAUGAGAAGUAUUGCUGCUCAGAGCUGCUCACACUUCAUGACAAAACCAAGCGAGAGUGGCAGCUGGGGAAGACAAAGGUGUUCUUGAAGGAGGCGCUGGAGCAAAGGCUGGAGAAGGAGAGGGGAGAGGUGCGGCGCAGGGCUGGCAUGGUGAUCCGCGCCCACAUCCUCAGCUAUGUGGCAAGGAAACAAUACAAGAGGAUUCUGUCCAGCGUGGUCACCAUCCAGAAGAACUACCGCGCUCACUUUUGGAGACGCGCCUUCCUGCGCCUGCGCCUGGCCGCCGUCGUCCUGCAGAAACACCGCAGGGGCCAGCUCGCCAGGUCCCUCUGUCGCAAGCUCAGGGAGGAGAGGCAGAAACGAGAGGAGGAGGAGAGGCAGAGGAGAGAGGAGGAGGAGAGGCGGCGACUAGAGGAGGAGGAGAGGAGGAGGAUGGAGGAGAGGAGGAAGAAGGAACAGGAGGAGAGGAGGUUGAGGGAAGAGGAGGAGCAGAGGCUGAUUAAGGAGAAAGAAGAGGAGCAGAAAUCGGCAGCUAAAGAAGAUAAAAUGAGGACCUCCCUUAUGAAUGGGGCUUGUCAAAAGAAGGAGCUGAGCCAGACGCUGUCCUACAGCCACACCACUGAGGAGGAGAGUCGUCAGAUGGAGGAGAUCCUGCGGCUCGAAAGAGAGAUCGAGCGCCUGCAGAAGCAGCAGGAGGACGGCGUGUCCCUACUCGGGGAUGUCUCCCAGGAGGAGCUGCGUCAGAUGAGGGAUGCUGAGAUCUACAGGCUAGAGAAGGAAGCUUCACGUGUGGCCACUGAGUUCCUGGAGCUGCUGGACUUCGGUGGUUUGGAGCCGUCGCUCUCAAGUGAGGAGAACCUCCACGAGUCGAAUGAAUCUACAGCUCCUCUGGCUGAGGAGGAGGUGGAUGAGGGCUUCCCCACAGAGGACGAGUGUGUUCCUUUACCUGACUUUCCUCCUCCAGCUGUGGUUCCUCUUGACAGGGAUGUUUUUCAAAGUAUCCCCCCUCCUCCACCUGCUUUUGCAGGGGGAGUAGUGGUCUCCCCACCUUCUGCAGUCACCCUUAACGGACUGGAUCAUCUUCCAACACACUCCCAGACCUGCCCCCCUCCACCUCCACAUGUGUUAACUAAUGGAGGAAGAGCCUCAGAUUUUAAACCCAUGAAGGAGGGGCCAUCACACUCAAACUUUCCAGACGCAGAGUCGGACUAUGACCAGGAAGAGUUCGAGGAGGCUCAUGGGAGCUCUGCUGCCAGCAUCAUCGACGGUCAUCUAACGGAUGAGGAGGUGCUGCGAGAAUCCUCCUGCACCCACAACAGUCUGGACUCCUUCAGAGGCAGCUCGGACUCGUUCAUUGACAGUGACGAUGAAAACGACGGCUACGUGGACACAGAUGAGGAGAUUUCCAACGGGAGAGUGAAUCUGCUGAAUGGCAGCGGGCCUCCAUACUUCCAUGGCUACCUCUACAUGAAGAGUGGCCUCAUGAUCCCAUGGCGCCGCCGCUGGUGUGUCCUCAAAGAUGAGACGUUCAUGUGGUUCCGGGCCAAGCAGGACUCCCUCAAAUCUGGCUGGCUUUACAAGAAAGGAGGAGGGAUGUCCACUUUGUCUCGCCGCAACUGGAAAAUGCGCUGGUUUGUCCUGCGUGAGUCGAAGCUCACAUACUUUGAGAAUGACAGCGAGGAGAAGCUGAAAGGGACCAUCGAUAUCCGAGCAGCCAAGGAGAUAGUGGACAAUCACGAGAAGGAAAACGCAUUGAACAUUGUGACUGAGGAGAGGACCUACCACAUCUACGCAGAGUCCCCUGAAGACGCCAGCGGUUGGUUCAUUGUGCUGAGUCGGGUCCACAGCGCCAGCCCGGAGCAGCUCAUGGAGAUGCACCACGAACAAGCCAACCCAAAGAAUGCUGUGGGAACAUUAGACGUCGGUUUGAUCGAUUCUGUUUGUGCGUCAGAUAACCCGGACAGACCGAACUCUUUUGUGAUCAUCACAGCCAACCGAGUGAUCCACUGUAAUACAGACACGCCAGAGGAGAUGCACCACUGGAUCGGCCUGCUGCAGAAAUCAAAGGGAGAUACCAGAGUUGAUGGACAGGAGUUCUUAGUCAGAGGUUGGCUGCAUAAAGAGAUGAAGUCAGGAGCCAAGAGCACAUCUCUGAAGCUGAAGAAGCGCUGGUUUGUUCUCACCACAAACUCCCUCGAUUACUACAAGUCGUCUGAGCGCAACGCCACGAAACUGGGAACGCUGGUCCUGAACAGCCUCUGCUCCGUGGUGCAGCCCGAUGAGAAAACCUUCAAGGACACGGGUUACUGGAAUAUAGUUAUUUAUGGGCGUAAACACUCGUACCGGCUUUACACGAAACUGCUGAAUGAAGCCAUGCGGUGGGCGAAUGCCAUUCAGGGAGUAAUAGAAAACAAAGUUCCCAUCGAAACACCAACUCAGCAACUCAUCAGAGACAUCAAGGAGAGCAGCCUGAAUGUGGAGGCCGUGGAACAGACGUACUGGAGGAACCCCAUCCUGCGAUAUACCCAGCAUCCUUUGCACUCCCCCCUUCUACCUCUGCCUUAUGGAGACGUCAGCGUCCACUUGCAAAAGGAAAAGGGUUAUACGAGCCUGCAGGACGAGGCGGUGAAGAUUUUCAACUCCCUGCAGGAGAUGGAGGCCGUGUCCGAUCCCGUGCCCAUCAUCCAGGGAAUCCUGCAGACCUGCCAAGACUUGAGGCCACUAAGGGACGAGGUUUACUGUCAACUCAUCAAACAAACAAACCACGUCCCGCACCCCAACAGCCCCGCCAAUCGUGCCCACUGGCAUCUCCUGGCCUGCAUGAGCUGCACCUUCCUGCCAAGCCGAGGAAUCCUGCGCUACCUCAAGUUCCACCUGAAAAGGAUUAAGGAGCUGUUCCCCGGAACAGAAAUUGAAAUGUUUGCCCACUUCAUCGGGGAGUCUCUUAAGAAGACAAAGGCGAGGGAGUUUGUUCCUUCCCAAGAGGAGAUCAUGGCACUUCUUACCAGACAGGAAAUGACCACCACAGUCUACUGCCAUGGAGGAGGCUCCUGCAAGAUCUCCAUCAACUCCAACACCACUGCUGGAGAGGUCGUGGAGAAGCUGAUCCGAGGUCUGGCCAUGGAGGACAGCAGGAACAUGUUUGCUCUCUUUGAGCAUAACAGCGCUGUCGACAAAGCCGUGGAAAGUAGAGUCAUUGUGGCUGACGUGUUGGCCAAGUUCGAAAGACUGGCUGGCAGUGAGGAAGCUCAGGAUGAAGGCCAAUGGAAGCUGUAUUUCAAACUCUACUGUUUCUUGGAUGUGGAAAGCAUGCCUAAGGAAGGAGUGGAGUUUGCAUUCAUGUUUGAGCAGGCCCAUGAGAGUUUGACCCGAGGUCACUUCCCUGCUCGUGAAGAGACCCUGCAGCACCUGGCAGCUCUGCGCCUGCAGUUCCUGUUCGGGGACAAAGCCCGGGUCACGUGGAGCCUGGAGAGCGUCUACCCUGUCGGGCGCCUGCGCAAUCGAAUCCUACAAUUCACAAAAGCAGGCGGGGCAUCAGGGUCGGGUCAGACUCUGGAGCGGCGGAGGACCAGCUUCCUGGACAACACGCUGCGCCGGGGGCUGAAGACGGGCUCCAUGAAGAAGCAGCGCAUGGAGGAGGAGCAGAUGCUGGAGAUGUGGAUCAAGGAGGAGAUGUCUGCCACCAGGGCAAGCAUUGUGGAGAAGUGGUCUCGCCUCAAGGCUUUGGAUCAGCACCAGGCCAUGCUGAAAUACAUGACCAUCAUCAAGGAGUGGCCUGGAUAUGGAUCCACUCUGUUUGACGUUGAGUGUAAAGAAGGAGGGUUCCCUCAUGAUCUGUGGUUGAGCGUGAGUGCUGAGAACGUGUCUGUCUACAAAAGAGGAGAGCCUAAGCCUCUGGAGACCUUCCCGUAUGAGCACAUCGUCUUCUUCGGUGCUCCACAGCCGUGCACUUACAAGAUCACCGUGGACGAGAGAGAAAUGUUCUUUGAGACACCAGAGGUUGGAGAGAUCACAAAGAUCAUGAAAGCCUACAUAAACAUGAUCGUGAAGAAGCGCUGCAGUGUCAAGUCUGUGUCCAGUUAUGGAACCAACUGGAUCAGGUGAUGUGUUCGAGGCGUCGCAGUAUGAUUUCUGGAGUGGAGGUUUUGACUUGAGCCAUGAAGCAACACGAACAAUCUCCAUCCAGGAGGAAAUCUUUCAAUACAGA